AUGUCUCUCCAGCCCGACGACCCACGGUCGCGUGGCCGUUCCAGAUCGCGACAGCGCUCCAGUUCGCGCGCUUCGGCCCUGGGGAAUCCGUAUCUGUCUUCCGAACCGGCAGACGAAUACCUGCGAGCGCGAUCAAGAAGCCGUGGUUAUCGCACCAGCGCCAGCCAUCUGCCCUCGGGCUCCGAUGUGAGCCACUAUACUUAUCUACGCGACCACAACGACCCCGCGCGGUCCCCCAACGUUCGCCCAGUUCGCUACGAUGCUCCCCCGGAUGAUAUCUACUCGGAUUCGGACGACGACGGACUGGCCUAUGGCGAUAUUCCUGGGGAACUCGAGCGCAACUACUAUGGGUACAUGGCUACUCCCCGAACCUCGUCCUCUCAGGUCAACGGUGCAAUGAUGUCGGGCGCGCUGAAUGGAGACAGGCGCGCCGGAAAGGAGCACACCUCCGGACGCUCCAGCGAGGAAGCGCUAGGUGGUCAUCCCAGCUACGCGAAAACGGGCGCGUUCAAAUAUGCAACGCCCGCUCAAUACCUGCAUGCGCAACCAGACUGGGCGCCGAUCCCAGAGUGUGAGCGCCCAGGGUUCGUCCCACCGUCGUCGCAAGCCGACGAACAAUACAUGCCGGGUGCGUUUCCGCAGCCGGCGACAACGGCCGCGCCGUCGUUUCCGAUGCCUCAGUACGCGAACCUCGAAGCACAGUCCAACCCGUAUCCAUCCUGGGGCGGUCGUCCCGUCUCGAUGUCGGGCGCUCAUGCGUACGCCCCCACGGUCAGUUCGCCGACCCAUAAACGCGCCGUAUCCAGCGACACCACGGCGCAGACCCCGUACGCCAACCCCCCUACUUUCCAGUACGCGCAAGUCGAUCCGAAAGUUCAAUAUACCUCGAAGGGCGCCUCCAAGCAGCCGGUGUCGUAUACUGCGGCACCCCAGUACGCGAAACCGGGCGACACAGACAGGGGUCAACCGUCGCAAUACGCAAACAUCAAAUACUCCGCCAAUCCACAGUUCUCCAAGACCCCCACCAGCCGUCCAGACAGCGGACAGCAGUAUGUCGAAAUCGCGCCCGGCGACCGGAAGGGCACGCGCCAGAAGAGUCAUUCCGUCUCCUCGGGCAACAAUCUGUCGGUCGCAGGCCCUGACCCCGGCCUCCGACCAGCGAGCCCGAUGCUGGAGCCGUAUAAGGGGACGUACCAGAGCAUCUCCCCGAUGCCGUCUCCGAUCGUCAUCCCCUCCAAGCGGGAUGAAGACGUGUCGGACCUAGAGCCCCUCGAUGGCGGCUCCGACUCCAGCGGGCUACGAAAGCAUCGGAGGAAGAAAUCCAAGGACGAGAGGGAGCUGAAGGAGCCCAAAAGUGAUCGUUCCAAGCGCGAGAGGAGUCGGGUCCGCCCAGAGCGACCUGGUUCGCAAGAACAAGCCGUGAUGCUGAUCGAACCCAGCACACCGCGCAAGAAAGUGUCAUUCUAUGACCCCGAACCCGAUGCCAUGGCCAUGCAGGAUGCCUUGUCGCAUACCCGCAGCAUCGAUAGCAAAACCCUCAUCCGUGUGCUGCCCCAUUUGACCAGCGAGGAGAUCCUGGACCUCCGGUCGGAGUACAAGAAGCAUGUGAAAUUGCACGGCAAAAGCGUCAACCUGGCCAAGCAUAUUCGUCUGAAGCUGGGCAACAGUACCUUUGGCAAGGUGUGCUAUGCGACUGCGUUGGGCCGGUGGGAAUCCGAAGCGUUCUGGGCCAACUGUUACUACCAGUCGAGUACCUCCCGACGCGAGCUGCUGAUUGAGUCGCUGUUUGGCCGGAGUAACAGUGAAAUCCGUGCGAUCAAAGAAUGCUUCCGUGACUCACGGUACCUUGAUAGCCUGGAGAAAUGCAUGAAGGCCGAACUGAAGGCCGACAAAUUCCGAACCGCCGUGCUGAUGGCUCUCGAGGCCACCCGGCAGAGUGAACGGGAGCCCCUCGAUGGCGAGUUAAUCGAACGAGACGUCCAAGAGCUGCACAAGGCGUUGGUGUCGCGGCAUGGAGGCGAAACCGCGAUGAUCUAUAUCAUUGUGCGCCGGAGCGACUCUCACUUGCGAGAGGUGCUCCGCUUGUAUGAGCGGAUCUACGGCCGGAAUUUCGCCCGCGCUAUGAUUUCCAAGUCGCAGAAUCUUGUGGGCGAAACCCUUGCGCAUAUACUCAACGGAGUGAUCAACCGACCCAUGCGGGACGCGCUCCUGCUCCACCAGGCGCUGCGCGAAUCGCGGACGGGCAAGGAGCGAUCGGAAUUGUUGAUUUCCCGACUGGUCCGAUUGCACUGGGAACCGCGCCAUCUGGAGCAGGUGAAAAGCGAAUUCCGUCGGAGAUACGGAGAGCGACUGGAAGAGGCAAUCGCCGAGGAGGUGUUGACCACCAGCAGCGGCGAUGACUGGGGCGAGUUCUGUAUUGGCUUGGCGCGCAGUUCCAAGGCGCUGUCGAAAAUAGGCUAAAGAGUCUGAUUAUGACUUUGACGAGCUUACGGAUUUUGUGCUGAUGAUUCGAUGACAAUUCUUUUUGGUUAUGGUUACGCAUGCGCUGUAUAGAACGAAGGGCUAAGCAGCCAGGAAGGGAAAAAAACAAUAAAAAAAGGGG